AUGGUGGUCCGUGUCCUGAUGGAUUUUUAUGGGAUUGGAAAGCUGGUGAAACCUUCUGAUCUGAGCUUGGGACCCCAAAGCUGCAAGCCUAGCACCCAAACUGCUAAUGAAGCUAUCUUUCAGAUCCGUCUCCAGGAAUGUGGCAAUUCUGUGCAGAUGACUGCAGACUGGGUGAUCUAUUCUACCAGCUUGACCUACAGACCAACCUCCUCCAUUCCAAUUAUCAGAACCAACCCAGCUGUGGUCCCCAUAAUGUGCUACUACUACCGACAUGCCAAUGUGAGCAGCAAGGCCAUUGAGCCAACAUGGGUUCCAUUCAGCACCACAGUGUCCUCAGAGCAGAAACUGUCCUUCUCCUUGCGCCUAAUGAUGGAGGACUGGUCUGGCCCUAGAAAUUCUCCAAUCUAUCAGCUUGGAGACAUUCUCUACAUAGAGGCUUCUGUGGACACUCGGAACCAUGUCGGACUGAUCCCUUAUAUUGACAAAUGUGUGGCCACCAUAUCUCCUGAUCCCACAUCUGCUCCUAGUUAUGACAUCAUUGCAAACAAUGGGUGUCUAGUAGAUGGACUGCAAGAUGACUCCUCUUCAGCCUUCAUCACCCCUAGGAUUAAGCCAGACAAGCUGCAGUUCACAGUGGAUGCUUUCAGAUUCCUAGAAAAGGAUGCGUCUCUGGUGAGGACUAUUUAA